AUGGCGGUCCUCCCUACGUCAUCAGGCAUCAUGGCGGAGCUCUUCCCUGUGCUCAUGGCUUACCUCGGCCGCUGCUACGUGUGGGUGGUUCCUGAGCCGAGGGUCUACGGCUACAAGCUCCCGAACGGGUCUUGGGAGGGCGUGAUCGGUCUCGUUGCACGCGGGGAAGCCGACCUCUCCGUCCCGCUCAGCAUCACCACGGAGCGACUCGCGGCCGUCGACUUCACGGAGCCUGUCUUCAUCGACGAGUUCGCCAUCGCCUACAAGCUGCCGAGCCUCAAGUCCGACAUCAGGGGGGCGUUUUCAUCAAUUGUGGCUCUUGAUGCUUCUCGCUGCCAUAAUCGUCUGUGUCUCGACCUGGUUCGAUCCUUGCGUCAUACGCUGCCCAUGGCACCCGCCUCUGUCCCCUGGGAGCCCACAGGGUACGCCCCAAGGAUCCUGGGCGGCCUGUGGCUCCUGGUGGCCUUCAUCCUGGGCGUGGUGUACCGGGGCAACCUCAAGGCCAUGCUCAUCCUGCCGACGCUGGAGCUGCCCUUCAACAACCUGCAGGAGCUGGCCGACUCCGACGAGGUCAUCUGGUCUCCCGGAAGCCAUAUAGCCCAUCAGUUGCUCAUGGCUGCCCCGCCAGACUCCCUCUACGGCUCUCUGGCCAAGAAGACCUUCGUGGAACUGAACAUUCCAGCAGGAAUUCAAAGGACAUACCAGGGGAAGCACGCAGUAAUCACACUUAUGUCGGCCAUAAUUGCUUCAUCUCAUGACACUUUCUCUAAGACUGGAAACUGUAAAAUCUUUGUUCUUCCGGAACGUUUUCUAAGAACCACAAGCAUGGGAAUCCUCACUGGAAAAGGAAGCAAUUUGAAGCCAAAAUUGGAUAAAGCAAUUAAAUGGAUAAAAGAGUUCGGAAUCACGGAACAAUUGAUCCGAAACAAGUUCUCCAACGGGACUAACUGCGUCAAACCACCGACUUCGAACACUGGUUCACAGGGACUGCGAGCGCUCGACAUCGUGGAUUUCUUUGGUGUCUUCGUCAUCUAUAUUUCCGGCAUUCUUCUUUCUGGAGGCGUCUUCGUCGCUGAAAUUAUCGUGAAGAAAAUGGACUCCCGGGAUCACCGUGGCACUGGCACCUCUUCCCGCGAACUCAGAGGUGAAAAAGUAGACUAUGUUUUGAUAUGGUCAAAGCCGGUCAAAUACACCUUCUGCACUGCGAGGACAUUCAUAUUGAUUCAUACCUUUGGAAAUCGCAAUGAACAUUAUCCAUCUGAGAUUUCUGGAAAACGUCAGGAUACUUGA